CUUUGCGAAGGGCUCAAAUUAUUAAAUUUUCAUCUUCCCAUCCUACGCAACAGUCUUGACAUACUUUAUAUAUGUCCGAACUUGUUAAUUACCCUACGCGCUCAGUCGUUCUAUUCACUUGAAUAAAAACUUCUGAGAAUAUUCCCUUCUUUCCGCCGUUCAUUAGGCACUAUAAAAUUCAUUGAUCCCGUCGAGAGCACCUCAGCCAGCCGUCGUGCCAGCUUCGAGUGACUCGUCACCCUACAUUCUACUUGAACCGUUAGUCUAAGGACCUCCAGUACCUGGGAGGAUACCUCUGAACUUACCGUUGUUUAUUUAUUUGACCCCCACUACCUAAACCUUUUCACCUUCUUUCAUUCCAUCCUUUCUCUCCAACCACGACACCACCUUUCUCCAUUUCCAAGUUGCGUUCCAUAGAACGAGCAAUUAUCUGCGUUUCAUUUGUCAAGAUAAAUUCCACGAAUAGCCAUUAAAAAUGGCCAACAACGAUCUAGCAGGUCUAGCAGCCGCAAUGAUGGGAGAAGAGGCAUUCGAUGACCUGGUUCGCCGUUACGCUGAUUACAGGGACCACCGUGAUACCACCGACCUAUUCAUAAGGGACGUAAUGAUAUACGCCAAUCGGGUUGAUACAGUCCUCCAUAACGAGAUACCCAUGCUGCAGUCCCAGCUUCGCCGAGCCCAUCGGGACUUAGAAGCAAGUCUUCACGUUUCCGCUGACAUGAAUAGUUACAUCAUGGUUGUCGUUGAUGGCAACGAGCUACUUUUCGACGAUUUCCUCAUUCAGCGAGGCUUUGCAGGCGGAAAGAUCGCUGCGGAGAAUCUGCACAAUUCCCUGCAGACGUACUUCACAGUCGAAGGAGCGCCCCCACCGCAGAUUUAUGCCAAUGUAAUUGGCAACCUUCCAGGUCUGAGUAAGACCUUGAAGAACGCCGGCGUCAUUGAACACCAGGUUCGGCUUUAUGAGUUUGUUUCUGGUUUCAACCAGGUCCAUCCGACAUUCGAUUUUGUCGAUGUGAACACCAGCUGGCAGGCGGUGCAUGCGAAGAUUGAUGGAACCGCCAAGUUCCACCUUCGCAACUUCAACUGCAAGCGGCUCGUCCUAGGCCUUGCCAACGAGCCCACGGAGGUUCCCUUCCUUAGAGAGCUCAUGCAUAUCGACAACCGACGCCGACGCCUCGUCUUGCUCCAUGGUCCUCCCGUGCACCGCAGAAUCGUGGACCUUGAUCUGCCCACCGUAACUUUCCCCCAGCUGCUCCGCAGAACCGCAAUCGGCCCAGCUGGCCCAGCUGGCCCGGCGGCGAUUACCUCGCAGGAUGACCACGACGCCGAUAUGAAGGAGGAGGAGGAGGAGUCUACCAUGGCAUACGAGAACGUCCUGCCCCGCCCAGCAAGCCCCCCACCACAGAUCACCCUCCCCCUCGCCCUCGGCAACCGCACCAACAACAACAACCGCGGGCGCCGCGGCAACAAACCCAAGCCAUCCACCACCUCCCGUUCUACCUCCACCCCGAACUGGGACUGGAACCCCGGCCCCCGCGGCCUUGACCCGAAGAUCCCGAUAAACCCGAAGGUCCUGGAACGAAUGAAGAAGCGCACGGACAAGGAGAAGCUCUGCUGCAACCACUUCCUGCGCGGGCCGUGCAACAAGCUCGACUGCGAGUUUGUUCAUAACUACAAGCCGAACCAUGACGAGAGGAACGUGAUUCGCCUUCUUGCGCGGAUGAAUCCUUGUGGCAAGGGCCAGGGGUGCGGGAAUAAGGAGUGCAUUUAUGGGCAUCAUUGCCCCAGCGUCGUCAACGGCGUCUGCACCAACGGCAAGUGGUGCAAGUUCAGCCUCGAGGCUCACCCGCCUGGAACCAGGUGCCGAGCUGCAAAGAACCAAGAGUGAGGGGGGGAAACUGAUAUGUCCCCCUCAGGUUUUAUGAGGUGAACUAUUUGAAGUUACUCUGCUCUCCUCGGAGGCAAAGAAGAAGAUUAUUGUGAUGGUGAUGGUGUUUGCUUGUUUUUCUUUUCUUUUCUGUUGUCCCUUGG